CUUAAGAGGAAAAUUAAUUUAAUAAUAAUUCCGUAAGACAAACGGCCUGGCCGCCCUGAGAUUUUUUUUUUCAAGUAAUAAUGGUUUGAGAAAAUAAACAUAGAAAUAAAAAAACUAAAAAAAUCAAUUGUUCAAAAUGCAAUAAAGAAUGCAUGCUAUUCUUAGUAUGGUGAAUCGAAUUUCUUGAUCCAGCUCAGCUGACGGAAUAUUCAGUCAUUGUUUGCGCAAGGUGUUAUUCAUCUCUUACUACCUAUCGCAUUGUUUCUCUCUCUCUCUCUCUCUUGCUCUCUUUUCCAUCCUUUUCAUCCACAUUCGUUUUUCUACUUUCACACACACACACACACAGAGAGGAAUAAAAUUAGCCAAAAGUGAAUCUAAUUCCAACCGCAAGGAAAGCAAGGCAACAAUACAAAAGGGCCCCAUCUUCAUGCCCCAAUUAUGAACAGCUUCCUACAGAUAACACAAAAGAAGAAAAAAAUCCUCCCCCCCCCUCCCACACACACGAUGCGUGUGUCGCAUUGUGACGAAGUCCGCACUGAAGAAGGGAACCGUAAAUCUGUAUUAGCCUGCAUCGUCAAUUGUCGUAACGAGCCGCUCGUUAAUGGUUCAUCUCCCUGCGACACAUACGGGCAGCAGCACGGUUGUUUGUUAUCGUACGGUGGAUAAAUUUAUCUCUGGCAGCACAAACACAAUCAGCCAAAAAGGUAGAUAACGGGCUGUUGAUGCUGUUGAUGAAGGCUGAACGGUACGCCCUCGCUUUGGGUGCAGUCUCAGACACGAUCAGAUCGCACACGCUAGCGAUCGGAUGUGGACAGGCCGUGAGAGUGAAUUUUUAACGUUACGGUGCCGUGUAAAGCUUAUCUGCGUGACUGGUGCGUGUCCAUUAUGGAGAACUUCGGCUACAAGGAGGGCUCGUCGAAGCCGACGCGGCGCCUCACGGCCAAAUCGAUGAAGCGCCGCAACUCGCAGAUUCCGAUCAAACCGAGGUUUUCCAUCUCGCCCGAGCUGAGCGUCCACUGGAUGAACGAUCAGGAAGCGAUGGUAACGGAAGACUUUGAGUACAUGAAGAUUGGCCCAUCGCCACCGGCCGAAAGUGCACCGAUCAUCUUCGACAGCUAUGAAGAGUCGAGUCCGGAGUUUGGGAUUGAGUUGUCGAGUGAUUCGAUCCGGACUGCGCUUAUUGAGCAGCUAAGGCUUGCUGCGGGCCGGGUCCAUCUGCUGGAUAGUAUCGAGCAGGGUAAUAUGGUUGCUUCGAAUGUGAUUGAUUUCUUCGGCGGGGCGAGUAAAACCGAACGAAACAUUUGCUUUCUGUGGGCGGCAUUUGCGAAGCGUUGGGAUUUGUUGGACGCGUUUAUGGAGCAUGGUUCGGAGCUGGCGUUUCACGAUACGAACGGGUUUACCGCGCUGCAUCUGAGUGCGUUCAGUGGCUGCCUGAACUGUGCGAGUGUGCUCGUUGCGAAGGGAAUCGAUGUGAACCUGCAGCCGAAAGCGUACACCCCGCUGCAGUGCGCCGCGUUCGGGAAUGCGGCCCAUACGGCGCUGUUUCUGCUGAGCAAGGGCGCCCGGUUGGAUUUGUGUACGCGACGGCCCGGCGGUGAGGAGACGCUCCUACACUGCGCGGUACGCGCCAACGCCCUGGACUGUGUCCGGCUGUUCAUUGCGGAAGGUAUGGACGUCAACUCCAUCAAACCGAGCGGCAUGAAUGCGAUCCAUCUGGCGGCGGAUCUUGGACAUGUGGAUUGUUUGCGGGUGCUGCUAGCUGCCCCGGGUGCCGAUCCGAACAUCCGCAUCGGUAUACGGGAGAAGGAGUCAACCGCCCUGCAUCUGGCAGCGGACGAAGGUAAUGCGGCGUGUGUGGCGCUCCUGCUCGAGCAAGGUGCUGAAGCGCGGUUGAAGAAUCAUCGGGGAUUUACGCCGCUCCAUCUAGCGUCACGUACCUCAAGCUUGGAGUGUGUCGAUUUACUGCUGCGCGCCGGGAGUGCCGAUCCAAAUGAGGAGGACUUUGAUAUGCGCACUCCACUCCACACGGCAAUUGGAAGGUCUGAGUCAGCGUUUCACAUUAUCGAGACACUCAUCUGUUGGGGUGCGGACGUUAACAAGAAGGAUGUGUUUGGGUUUACGCCCCUCCAUCUAGCCGCUCUCGACGGGUUAGCGCACUGUGUCGAGAUACUCCUCUUCUACGAUGCGGAUGUUACGGCUAAAACGAAGAAAGGCACCACGGCGUUGAACGUGAUAACGCGCAAAACCCCAGGAUCUUUGGCGAUGAUUACACAAAAGUUUGACGACGCGAUGACACUGAUCCAUUCGCAGAAUCCUUCCGAAAAGGAGGUUGAGCUGGAGCUAGACUUUCGCACGAUACUGCAGCAUUGCUAUCCGCGGGAGAUUAGCUACCUGAACACACUGGUAGACGAGGGACAGAAGGAGAUGCUACAGCAUCCGCUCUGUUCCGCCUUCAUCUACAUCAAGUGGGGCAAGAUCCGGAAGUACUACAUCGCCCGACUACUCUUCUGCUUUAUCUUCAUACUGUUUCUAACGCUGUACGUACUGACCGCCCUGGCGCACAACUGUUACAACGGUAGCAAAGAUAUGGAGGAAACGAUCCAGGAGCAGGAACUCUGCCAGAAACAAUCCAUCCUGGGCAAUAUGUUGCGCCGGAACCCGUUCGUAAUGGAGAUGCAGUGGUUGGUCCUCGUCGCGAUCACCUUCGUGGAGAUCUGCCGGAAAUUGUACGGUAUUACGGGUUACUCCUCAAUUCGCCGAUACGUCACCCAGAUGGAGAACAUUACCGAGUGGUUCAUCAUCGUUAGUGUGUUUGUCAUUUCGUACAUCUAUACGAAGCGGACCUAUACCUGGCAGAAUCAUAUCGGUGCCUUUGCGGUACUGCUCGGUUGGACACAUCUGAUGGUGAUGAUAGGGCAACUCCCAGUGUUCGGCGCAUACGUUGCGAUGUACACGAAGGUGCAGGUUGAGUUUGCGAAGCUGUUCAUCGCAUACUCCUGCAUGUUGGUUGGCUUUACGAUCAGCUUUUGCGUCAUCUUUCCGUCCUCUUCAUCGUUCGAGAACCCUUUCAUGGGGUUCAUUACCGUGCUGGUGAUGAUGGUGGGCGAACUCGACCUAGAACUCCUCAUCAACGAUCCGGACGGGAAGGAUCCACCGUUUAUGCUGGAGCUGAGCGCCCAGAUAACGUUCGUGCUGUUUCUACUGUUCGUCACCGUGAUCCUGAUGAACCUGCUCGUCGGUAUUGCGGUGGACGACAUUCAGGCGCUCAAGAAGACGGCCACCCUAUCGAAGCUGGUCGGACAAACGAAGCUCAUUUCGUACAUUGAGUCGGCCCUGUUUAACGGUUGGUUGCCGAACUGGUUGCGCAGUUUGCUCCACUACACGGCGCUCGUUUCACCCCGUGCCUAUCGGGUGAUUUUAAGCGUUAAACCACUCAACCCGGAAGAGAAGCGUUUGCCGCGCAACAUCAUGAUGGCGGCGUACGAAAUAGCGAAGGAAAAGGAACAACAGCUGGCAGCCGUUAGUGAACCGACGGUCGUACCGGCUGGGUCGGAUGGUACACCGGUGGGACAGCCGGCGGAGGGUGGGCCGCCUGGUACGGAGGGUGACAGCGGUGUGCCGCGUACCUCCGAAACACUGGACGCACUCGCCACCAAGAUCGAUCAGAGCACGGAAAAGAUGAACGAUGUUACGCGCGAGCUGCAGGAACUGCGGGCGGUGCUUAAACAAAACCAGCAGCUGAUCGAUGAAAUUGCGCGGCAGGUGUGCAGCACACCGAAGGAGUAGUAGCAGUAGAUUUAGCCUUGUUCCAUCCUUUCCCUUAUAUAGCGAAAAAAAAAACAGACAAACACAAUAAAGGUAACUCUCCACACAACGGGUUUUGAGUUCCAUCUUGGCUGGUCGAUGAAAUGAUGCCCCGAUUCGCCGCGAUGCUACAGGUUUUUUUUGUUGCGGGAAGGUUACGGUAGCGCCUAAAGGUAGGCAACCGAACGUAUUUUGGGCAUCACACGCAGCAAAAGCGCGCCGGGAGCACUGUGGCGCGGAAAUGGAAAACUGCUGUCGUAUGCAAAUGAUGGCGAGGAUGCUUAGGGCAUCUUUUAUACUGUUCUGAUCUACGUUUCGAUGCUUUCUAUAUUCUGGUGAAGUGUGCUUUGUUUUUUGCUUCUUUCUUUUAAGAUUUGUAGCGGCUUUCCUAGUGAUGCGAAGCCCGGUAAGCCGGUCUAAAGCAAAUCG